AAGGCUUUUGGCUCAAACCCUGUUGCCAAGUAGACCUUUGUUUGGCAAUCACAAGCACCUCAGGUGUGGAUCCAUCUUAUGCGUCAUCCCUUACCACGUGUGCUCACGUGUGCCACUCUGGCGCUGGCCGUCCGUGACUUUGCAGUGCACAAUGAACUGCGAAGAGAUGGUGUGCCCGAUGGGUACGAUGACUUCUUCACCCAUUUGCACGUCACACCGGAGACGCAUCGUGCCAUCCUCCCGGAGCACGGAGACGCUGGUGUGACGUUAUCAGUGGUCUUCGCGCUGCAUCCAGUGGCCAAUGUCUUAGGCUUCUCGCUGCCUCCGGGCUAUGUUCUCACGGACACAGUGGGCUUGCCAUCGCCCGGAUGCCCUCAGGUCUUUGCACCAUUAGCAGUGGAGCAGAAGUCGCCGUUUGCAAAUGAGACGAAGGCGAAGCUCCUCACGGAGCACAUUACCAGCUGCGAGGUGACCAGUGGUCUGGAGGCGACAGGCAACGAGGUGGAGCCAGCGGACGAUGUCGUGAUGCUCACCUUGAGCCUGGCGCCCAACGUGCAGGGCCUGUCGAGCAGGGCCACCUCGACUGAUCGCAACGACUCCGAGGUGAACCCUAUGACUUGGUGGUAUUUCCAUAUCCGAGUCUUGUACCCAGAUCGCACCCCAGAGCCAGAGGACAACAAGUUUCUGCUCCGCUGGUCCUCUCCGAGCUCUCGCCUUUGGGAAGGCGAGAUGAAGAUGGAUGGCUGGCCUGUCCUAGGGGAUUGGGGCUGCCUUUACUCUCAGUGGGAAGGCUGGGGAAGCUGCUCCACCCGAUGUGGUGGAGGUCAUCGCUUGAUUGUCCGGAGGCCGCUGCUGCAACCUCCCAGUGGUGAGGAGUGCAAGGAGACCGUUCAUCCCAAUCCAGGGACUUGCAAUGAGCAUCCUUGCCUGCACCACUGCGACUUUAAGGAGGAGACCAUCUCUGGUGAGUGCAGUGCGGAAUGUGGGGGCGGAGUGAAGUUCACCCGGAAGAGGUUCUUCAUUGAUGGAGACAACUUUCAUUUGUGUCCCCAAUUCGGCGAGAAGUACUCUGAACAGUUAGAACCUUGCAACACUCAGCCUUGCAAAGCGAGGUGUCAGCUGUCACAAAGCUGGGAGCCUGUGACCCCUUGCGAUGCCGUUUGCGGGAAGGGCCACUUCAAGGUCAUGAAAAAGGUUUUGCAAAAGGAAGCAGAUGAUGAGACCUGCAUCCCGGAGUACAAGUGGCUCCCCUGUGAGCGGCAACAGUGUACCCAGUUCACCGUAUCUCGCACAUCUCCACACCUCGUCCCAGUUCCUGAAGACAGGCUAGAGCUGAUUCUCAGCUGGGCACAGACCACUUUGGCGCGGAAGAUCACCAUCCGUGCGCCCAACGGCUACCAGUUUGGAGAGAAGGGAGAAGCCUGCAAGAUCAAGUUCCACAGCCUCCAGCCUCACAUGGAGUCUUGCAAGGUCAUGGAGCAGCCCAACAGUGUGGAGCUCAUCUUCGCCACUCCGCUGCCGCCCGCCGCCCUGGGCGGGGCCCAGCGAGGUCCCGGCGUCGGCAGGUAUGAGAUGGCCAUUGUGGUGGAAACGCCUCACUGCACACCGCAGCAUCGUUGGGUGGCCGAUCCCAUCCGCAAUGAGAUCUUCUGCAAAGAGCAUCCGGAUCGAACACGAUGGGAGAUCCAGUUCUUGGCCUCGGAGGGCGAUGCCGGGGCCGAGAUCAAAGAUGCCUUGGGUUUCAUGAUGCAGUGGAAGGAAGGCAUUCCGAUCCCCACGGAGCUCAAGCUGAAAGCAGAGCCCCUGCUGCUUGAUGAACCUCCACCAUCACCGGUGGUCGAGACGACCCUUCCCCCAACGGCACCUCCCCGAAGUGAUGCCAAGCCGCACAUGGAGAUUGGCAAGGUGCUGUGCACGCGAGACCGCGAUCCCGGCUAUUGCGAGGAUCGAACUGGCCAGGCAGAUGUCGUUUGCGGCUGGCAGAACGUGUGUCAGGUGCGCACCAACUAGCGGCUAGCGGAUGAUGACAAGGACGAUACUGUUGAGCCUCCAGUGAGGUCGAUGGCAGCUGAGAGGUGUCAACGGCAGGUGUUGGCAGGACACCCGACCAUCAGUGACAAAAAAAUGGUGCUGAAGACCGUAUAUAGGAUGUACAUUCCAUGUACAGAAGGUGCAUCGAGCGAUG